GUGCGUGUAAUUGAGGAUAUGGUUCUUCUCUAAAAAGUGCUUUUUCAAGAGAUUUAUUUAAAACAAGUCUCAUGUGUUUACAAGAAAUGUAAAGAAAAAAAAAAUUAAUUUUGGGAAAAAAGGAAAAAUUCCCUUGUCAUUGGAAUACAAAAACGGUACUUGCAAAAAACUACUGUAAUCUUAUAAGAAAGGUGUGUGUUUAAUGAAGUAAAUUGUGAAAUAUUUCGGCACCAUGAAUAACGUUUUGGACAAUGAUAACAGUGCCUCAAAGGUUAUUGCAGAGUCAACUUGUGGACCAUUAAAUGAGCUGCCAUCGACGGAUGUAAAAUGUAAGGAUAUAAUCCCAAAAGCGAAUACUAAUUCAUCUCCUUCUAUUUCAUCAAAACCUGGCGAAUCAAAACGUUUAAUACGUAGAUUUACAAAACUUGAUAGUAAAAAAUUACAACAAUUGGGCUUAGAUCGCAAAAUAGCUGAAGCCUUAAGUCAUCAAAAGUCAAUGAAAGAGCAAGAAUCGAAAGCAACGAAAGAGUCACCAACGAGGGAAUUAAUAGGAAUAACAGUAGCAGCAGCAAUUACAAGGAGUAGUGUUGAAAAGAUAUCACCACUUGCAAAAAGUUCAGAUUAUUUGGGAAGUGAUGUUAAAAGCUUAAAUGAAUUGCCAGUGACCGAUGUAACCGCAUCCAUAACAGACGAAAAAUCGACUUCAAAAUCAACUACACCGCCAAAAAUUACUAUAACUGGCCCAGAAAGUCCUUUAGAAUAUGAAGAGGAACAGUUGCAAAAUUUAAGUGCUCAACAACGUUUGGAAAACGUGAAACAAUUGCUUAGUAAAAAGAUAAUGAAAAAACAUACAAAGGAAGCAUCUCCAGUCGCCGCUGGCGGUAAACCUUCAUUCGUACAUUUAAAGUCAACUCCCGUUCACGAUGAGAUCCCUAAAACAGCGGACAUUAAAGCUCCUACUCAGAAAACACCAAAAACGGCAUCUACUAAAAUAAGAAGUUCUAAUAAAGAAUCACUGCCGGUUGUAAGUUUUCUUUUAAAAAAUAAUUUAAGUAAACCUGUAGUUCGGCCACAAAGCCCUUCACCAUCGUCCGAAAUGUGUUUAAAAAAUCAUUCGCAUUCAAAACUGGUUCUUAUACCUAAAGCUACGAUAAGGUCAACUCAUCAACACAGUAAUCAAAGACGUACUUUUUCUCCAAUUAAUGUUUCCAAAGAACAAACAGCAGAUAAUUCAGAAAACAAAUGCUCUGAGGCCACUGCAAUAAACAGUCCUACUGCAUCUUGCAAUUCAGUACCAAAAAGUUUAAUUGUAUUGGAGAAUAAAGUCUUAUCGCAACAUGAAAUGAUAGAUUUAACUUCAUUAGGCUUGUCGACCUCGAAGGUAGCUAAUGAAGGGUUUUCCCAACCCCACAAACCCAUACCAGAAGUUAUGAUUAAGCAGGAACAACCAGACGACUUUCCGCCUUUACCUUCUAAUGCAACAAAUCAAUUAAACGUACAUCCCUUGCCAAUAAAAACAAAUAGAAAAAGUGUGAAUACUAAGAAAUUGAAGUCAUCAUCCGAAAAGUCAGCCCCGUCGUCUAAACAGACACAGAGUAAAUCAUUAGAAAAACCACUGACGAAGGACCCAGAUAUCUUCUCCACUUCCUCAAAAGCAGGCAAUGAAACAUCGCCAGUUGCAAUUGAAAAAUCUUCACUCAAAAAUUGUUCUCAGAAAAUCGCUUCAAAACCCGAAAAGCAAUCGCUGAUAAAAGCAGUUUCGAAACCCUCAUUGACUUCAUCGCCGUCAAAAGAAACAAACGUUUCUGCAAACUCGAUGGAAAGUGAAAUUGAAACACUUGUUCCUUUCACGAAAUCCGCCUCGGUGGAAAUUGUCAAUGAACCCGAAAUGAACGACACUUUUUCAGCAGUUGAUUUUAUAGCUUCUCUAUCAAAUAUGUCACAAUCGAUGACUGAAAAAUCGUCAAUGGAAUUGUCGCAAGAAGAAUUAAACUUGAACGCUUCCUGCUCUUCAAAUAUGAGUUCGGCGACGCAUAAAAUAUCUACUUCGUACAAAACUGGCGCAGAAUCUGCAAAAUCUAGCCUGUCAAUCGGUAAAAUUGUAACUAUACCGAAAGAAAAUAUUUUGAAAUUGAAUCCCAGCAACCUCAACGCAAUAGUUAUUGCUAGUUGUAACGGCCCAGAAACUAUAGUAACCAAAUCAACUGAGGUAACAAUCACGACGCCGAACCAAAAACUCCAAUCCAUGCCAAUAAAAGUGCUCAACAAAUCCGCUAACGUCAGAAAAGAGACUCCAAAAGCUGCAACUAUUAAUCGAGUCAAAAAAACUGUCUUCAAAUCUGAUAGCAAUAAGUUACGAAAAGAAAUGUUUGAGUGUUUAAAUAUUAAAGUGAAGGAAACACGAGAACCCUCAAUUCACGAACCUGAGUGCGGAAACGAAAAAUCGAGCAAAUCAAUUGAAUUUUCCAAGCAUUCCGAUGAUAUUAAUGUCAACCAAGAGCCUGAUAAAAGUUUACCUAAAGAAAAAGUGGAAAAGGAGCUUCAGAAACUUAGCAAACCAUCCAUGCCUUCUAUAUCGGAGACUAAUAUGAAUGUGAUCCCCGAAAUCAUUCAAGGAAAUCAAUCACAAGCCAAAAAAUUAGAUGCAUUAAGCAAAAUCGCUGAACAAAAUGACGAGCGAUCACCUAAAAUGACGUAUGUACAAAAUGCUGCUGUUAAUAUAGAUGCCCCUAAGUCUCUGGGACGGUUUAAAAAGUCCAAAGCUAAUUUAAUUUCAACAGCUAAACCUUGCUCUGAUGUUCCAAAAAGUGAAGAAGAUGUGAAUCAUGAGACUAAAGAUCUUACUUGCACAGCUGAUGGUAAUAUACAUCAACCAGUCACUGAAAUUAUUAGGAAAAUCGAAGACUUUGCGAACCAGGCGGAAGACAAUAGACCUGUAGAAGUCAUCUCAGUGGUAUCACCUUCAUCUGAAAAGCGUUUAAUAAAAGAGUUGAAUAUCAAUCAAAGUGAACAAGUUUCCAGAAACAUUGCUGCGACUGCACUUGAAACAGAUGACGAAGAAAAAACGCACAAAAGCUGCGGGUUAAACGCGUCUGGUGAGCCAUUAGAAGAUGCAGGGAGAGAAAACGCGGAAGUACUUAAACUCCAAACCGGUUUAAAUGUGAAUGAAAACAUUGUUGGAAGGAUGCCGGAGGAAGUUAGCAACGGAAAAGAAAAGACAGUUUCGGAAAUUUCCAAAGUCGGACUGUCUUUGAAAGCAAAAAAGUCGAAUGUAACGUUUGCCAAGGAACCCAGUGUUAGCGAAGCAACCCCAAAUGUAUCGGAAGGAGCUGACCCCGGUACAAUUUCUGAUCCGCCACAAGCAAUAUCGAAUUCUAAAUUGAACGCGAAGCAAUCAAAGGAGGCGAAAGAUAAAUUUGCAAAUGGCAACUCUGCUUUGAGUGACAUAAAACUUACAAAAACUGCCCAGAAAAAUCAAGAGAAGAAAUCCUCCCCUUCAGUGGCUUUGCCGUUAACAAAAUCGCCACUUAAACGCAAACGUCCAGAUAUAGAAACAUCAGCCAACGAACCUAUAGCAAUUGCCAGCGUAACACAUCGCGGUAAGAAAAGCAAUCAACUUAAAUUAAGCGAAUGUGUAAAGUCGGAAGAGAAGGGUGAAGAGAAAAAGAAAGACGACGAGGAAGAAAGUCUUUUAGAGCCGCUGAGGGUUGAAGAAUUUAACGAAUAUAGCUGCAAAGAGAAGAAUUUUCUCAAUUCAAACAAACAUCCGGAUGAUGAUAGUAAUUGCGUGGCAAGGAGGUCUAAACUUGGAAAAGCUAGGUCUGCAGAAGCGGAAGAAGAACUAAAGAAUUUAAAAAAAAUGGAAACAAUAGGUCCAUUAAGCAUAAAAGUGCGUAAGGGGACGAAACAUCGGAAAGAACUGGAAAUAGAAGAGAAAAAAACCGAAAUUGAUGGUAAUGUCGUCAAGUCGGGAGAAAAGCCAAGCAAUAGACGUAGCUCUCAAAGGAAAGCAAUACUGGAGUUCAAGGAAGAUAAAUCUUCGGCCAAUAACACGGAGUGCGCUGUGAAAGAAUCAAUAAAUUAUGAAGAUUUAGAGUUUUUACCAGUCAACGCUGAAAUACAAGAUUUCGAGCCUCUCCGAGCAAAGAGAAAGAUUGCAAAAAAGCAUCGGCACGUAAGCAAAGAAAAUAGUACGCAAGCGAAAAAUAAAAAAACAGAUAAUUCUAGCCGAGAGGCUGUUAUUGAAUCACCGCAAAGUAAACGACGUAGAAAGACUUUGGAAACGGAAGCCGUAGUCCACAAGGUUCUAAUAGAUUCAGAUAACGAAUAUGAAGGAGGAGAGAUAAGCUUCGAUGGUAGCCCAGAGUUUCUAGGAUUCGAUGACAGUUUUGAAGUCGGUUUAGAACUAAAAGAGGACGACAAUAAGUUCAAAAAUAUGGAAAGAAAACAAACAACCUUGAGAGAUUGGCUCACGACUGGUAAAAAUACCUCCUCGCCGGCACCUACAGAAGAAAAACCAUGCUCUAGCCGCAACAUACCAUUAAAGAAACGGUGGGAUUUGAAUAUGACUUCUCGCGAUCAGACUGAUGUUCAUGACGAUGAAAUUUCAUCGGCAGAUGAGAACGAAGUGAAAAUUAAAAAAAGAAAAGUAGAAAAUCUGCUUGUGACCGAUAGAAAAAAAUUCGCGCUUGGAAAAAAUCAAAUUGAGAAGCCUGAAGAAAAUGAGAGUUUAACGAAACCGCUUUCGGCAAAUGAUAGUGAGGCGAAAGCUUGUUUAAUAGUACAAAAUGUUAAAGACAUUCCUUUGCCGAAAUUAAAAUCCACAAAUUCAAGAGCGCAGAAUUCAACAAACGUCAAACCUCCGCAAAAAAGUAUUUCACAAAUGUCCGUAAAAGACAGUCUACAGAAAACGUUUACAUCUAAUGUAAAUGCAGAACGUGAAGCAAAAAGCUUAGAGAAAAAGAGUGAUGAGAAACCGGAUAACUCAAGGUUAAAAUGCGAAGCGAAAACUGCCUCGAAAGUCGAGGAGAAUGAUUUACAAUUUUCCAAGAUUUCGAGUCCUACAAAAAUAAAAAACCAUUCCAGUGACUCUCCAGCUUCAGUGUCAAUCAAAAGUGAGCCGAAUACUUCUACAGGAGCAACCAUACCCGUAAAACGCAGCAGAGGCCGUAAGCUUGGUGCAGUGCCCAAUUUAGAGAACAAUUUUAACCCUCGCCUAUUGUUAGCAACCAAUCGAUCCGAAGUAGAUUCAGAUGAAGUCCUAACAUGUGACGCAGAAACGAUAGGUUCCGGGCCUAUUCAAUGCGGUUUGUGUUUGAAACGUACAUCCUCUCAAAAAUGGCUUCCGCACUUGAGUGAACAUUACGGUUUUGGCUUUAAACUUGGGGAGAAAGAAUUAAACGCUUGCAACCGUUCCAUAGUUUUGAGUCAAAUAAUAAGUUACUUCAAAGAGACUAAUAUUAAAGGGCUUUGUUGUCGUAUGUGCCAGAAGAUGUAUCGUUCUGGCUUGGGCCUACUAAUGCAUAUAGAAGGUUGUGGUAUAACGCAGGAACGUGUUAUUUGUGAAUUCUGUAAACGUGAUUAUUCUAAGUUAUCAUUGAAUCCGCAUUUGCGUACCUGUGCGCAACGUUUGCGUUUAGAAAAUCCGAAUGUGGAAGAAAAUGAAAAAAAGCCUAAUUUGACUGUAGAAGAAACAUUCAGUAACACGGGUAGACUUAAGCGAGUGUCGACAAUAAAAGCCGAAAGUAAAUUGAAGAUUAUUGGGGAGCAUUUGGGACGAAACGGCAAUGAAGAAAAUAAUUCGGAAUUCGAUGCAAAAACGCAUGUACGCUACCAUCCACCAAUGGAUGAAAAUUAUCGUCAAAAAUGUUCAGAUGAUUUAAAUACAUUUGGCAAAGCAUUCUGUCCUAAAAAAAUUUGCAGGUUUACCAGUGAUAAUAUAGAUGAAUUGGAAAAGCAUAUAAAUACGUGCAAGCAUAUAACGAAGUCCGGGUAUUAUUGUUGUUUUUGUAAAAUGAGACGAUUUGAAACUGAAAGUUUGGCGAUAAAGCACAUAGAGCAAUGCCACAAGCCAAAAGUGGAAGAAUCUGAUAAUUCUGACUGUAACAUACGCACUGAUGAGGAAGAUAGCAGUGACGAUGAUAAUAACUCCAUAUCGGAGGAUGUAGACGAAAAUGAGGAUAAUUUAGAGGAAAAUUCAACAAAGAAAAGUGCAAAAAAGAAUUCAAAAAUGAAACCAGUAAAAACAGGCUCGGAAAGAAAUAAAGUAUUUCCUCCCCGCUCUCACGAAGUCGGUGAAAUAGUGAUAAACAAAUGGAAAAACUUCCUCGAAAUUAAUUAUUCCCUUACACCACUAUUCUCGAAAUUCUCCAGCAAAUUUAAAUUGGGUAAUUUCAGCGAAUUAUCCAACUCUUUUCCUCGGCAAAAAACUUCAAUGAAAUUUUCCUUUUUAAAGGAUAUGAAGUUGCUCAGUACUAUAGGUCAACCUAAAAAGGAUAUGGAAUGGUCAGAGUUGAAGCGCUUCGAAAACGUUGAAAACGAAUCUGAUAUAUUUUUCUUUUUGGGAGCUCCUGUGAAAAUCGUUGCAUGGGUGCCUUUGCCUCAUGAUGUGAGCGAGCAAUAUUUAGCUGUAGUAUAUCGCAAAGAUAUAUUUAAAUAUACCCGUUUCUCAGAGCCCAAGCGGCACAAUACUCUGCUGCUGUUGUUUAAAGUUUUACAAAUUGAGUCAGAGAAAGUUUCCCAUCUGCAACUUCAUUACGGUGUUAAUAUUACUGAUGGCCCAAUACAUAAUAUAAGUUUUAUUCCCAGUGGCGGUUAUAAUGCGGACGAUAACCGUUUGGCACUGGUGGCGGUUGGUGGCGUUGAAAGUACAAUAAAAGUGUAUGCCUUACCCUUAAAAAUUGCAACUAACGUCGAUGAAGCAGAACCAAUUGUAAUAGAAAUAGAAUCUUCUUUCAUAUUAAAAUGUGGUUUGAAUGAUGAGGAUCACAUUAUGUAUAAAACGCAGUGCUUGCAAAUCUGUUGGUCAGAGGUAAAGGGCCAUAAUCACAUCUUUGCUGCUUACUCAAAUGGUUGUAUUGGCAUUUGGGAUAUUAGCGAUGAUAUGCAAGGCAAUCUUAAUUGUUUCCUUAUCGACAACGUUCAUCAUUAUGUACCUUUAAAUUAUUGGUAUGUGGGCGAAAAGGGUAUUAAAAAUAUUAGUAUACAUUAUGAUACUAAUGGACCCAGAUGGUUGGCUGUGUCUGGAAUGUUACGACGUUUCGCUGUAUUUGACAUUCAAAACAUUAUGCAACCGACAAUUGUUCGUGAUGAACUUAAUAAAAAUAUUGUACGUGCUAUGGAUUGGUGCCCAGUAUGGGAAACAAUCGUUUUGGCUAUAUGCGAUUCCAUGCCAAAUAAUGGUCGCUGUGCUCUUAUUGUUAAUCCCCUUAGUGUAAUGUUUGCUCAUAAUAAAUUAGACAUCAUGUCUAGUGCUGUGACACAAGUUCAUUACACUCCAUUAACAAACUUAUGUGUUUGUUCUACGGAUAAUGGCGAUUUACUUUUUCUAAAUCCCCGCGAAUUACAUUAUGAACAGCCAUUGGGUAAACAAUUCGGAUACCCACGACGCUUUCUCACCACUAUGGAUGUGAAAACGCUGAACGGUGACCCGCUUGUCAAAAUAGAUAAAAGCAGUACAAGUGAACUGCCAAAUGAUUGGAAUAUGUAUGAAAAGAACUAUAAAUAUAAAUACGGUGUGGUCUUCGGCUCCAUUUUUCCGUUGAAGGCUGCACAUAAAAAUGCUUAUUUGGAUGAGAAUCGCCGGCCUCCAUUACAUAUUACGCCUCUUAUGCGUAUCAACACAUUACGCUGCAAUUUGAAUCCCAAUGGUAAGCAUUUGACCGCUGUUGGCUAUGAAAAUGGUUUCGUACGCAUUGUUAAUUUCCAAAAGGACACUGAAUCUUUAUAAUUUUGUAAAUAUUUUUAGAUGCUUCUAAGUAAUUGUAGGUUUUACAAAAUUUGUUAUUCUUAUGCUUCUAUUUAUAUUACAGUC